GAUUUAACAUCUUCCUCCAUUUCAUCUGAUUCAGUAGAGUGAAUACAUACCAAAGUACAGCUUGUCAAGAUGAACUUCAAAACAUGCUUAUAUUUCUGGAUAGGUUUAAUUCAGACGUCCUCAGGUGAAGUCAGUAUCUUAUUACAUGGAGUAGAUAUUGAUACUCUACAAAAUGACAACACUGUUAAAAUCAUUGAAGGGCAACAUCUACUGUUUGAUUGCAUACAUGACAUUGAAAAUGUAACCGUUACCUGGAGCAGAAAUAAUACUGUUAUUACAAGAAAUACUAGACUCGAACUUGGACGCAUUAGAAUCGAAGACGAGGGGUAUUAUACUUGCACAAUAUCAUCUGAUGAAAAUACUAUAUUAGAAUAUUCUACUGUUUUCUUAAAAAUUCUGUACCCUCCAUCAUACCCUAUUUUAAAUGCUCCAAAGUCUUUUCUGUUUAAUGAGGAAGUAUCCCUAACUUACCUGUUUGAGGCCGAACCUGAGCCUACAUACCAGUGGAGGCGACUGGCUUGGGAUGGACUUCUGUUAUCAAGAAACAGAACCUACCGUAUGACAGUACCUUCGACAGGCCUAAGGAUAUACUGCAAUUUUCAAAGUUUAAUGACGCCAACUUUUGGAGAACCUAGAAGUGCAUUUAUUAGCGAAUAUGUGUUCAUCAAUGUACACAGAAAAGCUAGUAUAACAUCUAUAUUUCCAGGUCGAUAUGUUGAAAGGAACGAAGGUGAUUAUAUUGUUCUUAGAUGUCAUGUAGAUGGCAAUCCUGCCCCCAACAUAUGGUGGUCUAAAACUGGUGACGAAAGUUUUUACUGGCAUGGGGGGAAGUAUUCGAAGUAUAAUAUUGAUACAAAUAGUGCAGGUGAUUACGUUUGUCAUGUGGAAAAUACCGUGAUUCCAGCGAAUAGAACACAACAGAUUAUACAUAAAACAGAAGUAUUUCAUGUAUUUGUUAAUAGAAAGGCUUUGAACGAUCAAAAACCAACUUUGAAAUGUACAGACUGCUUUGAACAAUGUACAACUGUUACAGAUGCUGAUCCUCGUUUUCAGUCAUCAACAUCAACGAGUACACCUAGUGUUGUCUCAAGUCCAAAUACUACAACCGAUUCUACAUCAUUCAAAUCAACGAAUUGUUCCACAGAACAACAUCUAAAUAAUAAUAUAGAAACAGGCAUGGAACAACACACGGCUUCCUUGGCCCUUAUUGUAGCCACUACAUUGGGGUGGCUUGUUUCCUUUAUUAUGAUUGGGUUUAAUCUUUAUAUUUGUAAGUAUAAGAACAAAAUGAAGGACGAUGGUGAAAUGUCUGAUUCGAGCCAUUCAGCAGAGAAUCAAAUUUCAAAUCAAAUCAGUGAUGUAAGAUCAUCUUAUGUGACCAGUGUAAGAUUUGCUGACAACACCUACACGGACCUGACGACGUAUGACCAGAUUAACCCCAGCAUUCGAUCAAGAGAUGGUAGUCUGAUUCACUGGAAUGACUCUGAAUCAGUGUCUACUCAAUCUUCCGUUGUUACGUAUAUAGAACCAAUCAGUACUCUAUCUCAUCAGUAGAUUCAUAAUUGAUCAGAGUCCCACCUUAGUGUAAGGGCGAGAUAUUUAUAUAAUGUAGCAGUCAAAAGAAAAGUAAUAGACUGUGUUAAUUUACGUAACCAGUGUUCGUAGAGUCCUCUGCAAGUAAUUGCCAACUUCUCCACAUAUGUCGGAGAUGGAGGAAUUAUUUCAUUAUUUAUUGUCACUGAGAAAAUCUGCCUCAAGUAUGGAUCAAACUCAUGACCCUUUAUCUAUAGAUUAAUACGCUUUCCGAAUGGAGAUAAGCUGGUGUGCCAUAUUUAAGUUUGAAAUUGUAUCUAACUGGGCAAGAUCUGUUUGCUGAUAAAGAUUCACCCUUACCAUGCUAAAUUUCUAUAAUGAACCAGUACCAGUAACUGCUAAAAUGGAUGCUUACCAAAAUAUACUGGCUGAAUGGCGAACAGAGCAGAUCUUGGUCUGCGCUGAUCGCAAAGGCAGAAUCACUUGCCACCAGCAGACUAAAGGUUAAUUUCAGAGUAAGCAUUUGCAAACACUGGACGAAAUUAUUACCCUAACUUAUUACAAAAAGUGACUAUUGUGUUUUAUUGUAUUUCAACUUGUCAUCAUGAAAUAAUAAUAAUUAUGUGUAGUAUGU